UUCAUUAGUAGUCGGUAUGAAUAUUUAUACUCUUCAAGUGAUAGUUCGAAAAACUAUAUACUAUUUUGAUGUUUCAAAAAUUCCGCCACUAUCUAUAUUAUACUCUGUCACUGAUCUUCUGAUCUCUUAUUGAUUGUAAACCAUAGUAACGAACGCCACAACAAAGCAAAUUAGACUGCUACGUUGUAGAAAUAUUAGACAUCAAAAAUAACAAAUAAUUUUAUUAAAAUGACAUCAGUAGAAGUACCUGAUACUUUACCAAAUAUACUAAAAGAAUACGUUAAAGCAGCAAUAUUGUCUCAACCCGAGGAUAUUUUAAGAUGGUCUGCAGAUUAUUUCAAAACUGUAGAGGAUUUUCCACAAGUUAGUCAAAUGAAUAAUAAAUGUUACAUAUCUCGAAAUCGGACAUUAUAUAGAAUUUUAGUAUUUCAAUUAGGUACAACAUUAAAUACAAAAGAAAGAAUAAAAGAAGUGUGGACAGACCUUAAUUUGGAGAUGAAUUUAUUAGAUCAGAUUUAUAAAAUAGGUCAGUUUGAUGGAAAUACUGUGGAUAUGAUUGAAUUUAUUGGAAUAACAAUUGGACAUUGGUCAAAGUCUUUAAAGGAUACUAUGAUAUUUUGCUGUGAAGCAUUUUGCAAGUAUUUGACUAGCGAUGGAUAUUAUUUACCAGUGGAUGUUAUUUGUCGACUGUAUACAUAUUUGGCAAAAUUGGAUUGUUCUCAUAUUUCACCUAUUGACCACAUCAUAGACACAGGUGCAGAUAUUCUAAAACAGCGAUUCGAAAAAGGUCGUGGUAGUUUGUUAGAAACUUCAAAAUCGUUUGAUGUAUCUGCAUUUGCUUCAUAUCCUUCACGAACUAUCACAGAAUCAAAUUAUUAUAACAAACCUCAUUCUUUCGAUUCUGUAAACAAUUUGCAGAGCGAGGCGUUCACUGAAUCAAAUAAAAUUAAUGGUUGUAAAUCAAAUUUAAAAAUUAAGCACAGCGGAUACCACGUACCAGGAAUAGGAGCUACUGUGUCAGAAUAUCAAAUACAAAACGUUUUAGAGUACUUUAAAAAAUGCAGUGUUAUAAACAAUGGUUGUGUUUACGAUUUUAAUAUCACCGACAACACAUGUCCUCAGCUUGAUUCUAAAAAUUAACAAAUUCCCAAUUAGUUGAAAUAACUCUAAUAUAUAAUCAUUAAAAAUUUAUUUAUUUCAUUGGUAUUAAAUUUUAUUUUAUAAAACAAGUACUCAGGGGUGUCCUAAAGCUAAAUAUAUGAAGAGAAAUUAAAAUUCCUUUUUG